AGCGCCCACAGACAGGAGUUCAUGACGCGCUGCUGUCACCCAGAACACACUAUUCACCCUGUUUUUUUUCUUCCUAUGUCAUCCUUCAAACCCUGCGGCAGCAUCGCAUUAUGUUCGAGGAUCCUGAACUCCAAGAUCCGUUGUCGCUGAGUCUAAACGAAAACUACGAUGACCAGAAUUCGCCUCGACGUGAUUCAAAAGAAGCACCAGCAAGCCCCGAGUAUAACUGUGAGACACCGGAGAUUCGAGUAAUCAUCAAAGAGGAAGAGGAAGGCUGGACUGUGAGUGAAAAUCAUGAGAGCUUCAGAUCAGAGGGUGAAGAGGAGGAUUCUUCCGCACGCUCCGGUCAUCCCGACCUCAAAGCGUGCGGGAAGGAGAGCUGCAUUUCAGACGGAGUGAGGGGACAGCAGAGAGGGAAUCCAGUGGAGAAAUGUUCGGAGGAGUCUGGAGAGCAGAGCUCCUCCUCCGCCAGAGAGGGAGAGCAGACACAGUCGCUCAUGGACACGGAUGAGAAACCGAAGAUCUCCCGCAUACGGGGGAACGCGAAUGUGACCUGGAAUCAGUGCAACAACACGGGAGAGAAACCCUUCCCCUGUCCAGCGCGGGAGACGACGCUCAGCCACAAAAGGAACGUGAAACCCAAUCAGAGAGCACAAUCAGGGGAUGAGUGUCCCUCUCAAGACCAGAGCCCUGAUGUCAAACAAAGCACAUCGACGACAACAGACGCAGAACAGACCAAAAGAUCAGCACCUUGCCAAACAGAUUCUCCUGAAAGUACGACCCGGACGUCACAUGGACCGAAGAAAGCAUCUGCAAACUUAGAGGACCAAACUCUCCAUUUGACUGUCAGACUGCAGGCGGGGGAGGAGGAGGAGGAGGAGGAAGAACAAGAAGAACAAGAAGAACAAGAUGAAGAAAUCGGUGGUUUAAUCAACUCUGAUGGAGAAGUGGUUGAAUGGGACGCCAGAGGCGGUCCUGACCGAGGCUCUGACCGCAGAGAAAGUCCUCAUGCUAGCAAGGGUGUCGUCCUGUCCGAGCCUCAGCUGCAAGGCCAAAACCAGAGAGACAGCAGUAGUCCGACGCUCAUCAUGGAAGUUGUGUCUGUGGGGGAGGAUGAAGAAAGGGAAGAAGGGGAGGAGAAAGAGAGAGUAGCAAAGACGGCAGCGGUCUCGACCUUAUAUCGUGGAAAGAGACACAGAAGAAAGAAGAAGGUUCCAGAAAUAACGGUGGUGUCAGUAGACGUCUCGGACACGGAGAAAGAAGCUCCUCCUGUAAAACGAAGGGGAAGAAGAAAGAUUUCAAAAGCUCCAGUGUUGUCUGGUGAAGACCUCGAGGCAGAACCAGGAAUAUCAAGGCGCACCCGGAGAAAGACAAACUUCCCUGCCAUCGUCGAAUCGGAAGAAAUAAACUCCAAAAAAGUCCGCCGGGUUGCUGCAAAGCGACCUUACAGAAGAAGGAAAGAUACCAAACUAUCUGCUGAAGGAGAAGGAAAACACACAAGUGUUUCUGCUGGAAAGAAGCGCCCCGGCAGAAAGAUGGUGCGUGUCCCGAUAGAAAUACCUCCUGAGCUCCUGAAGCAGCCCAAAGAGAAGAUGGAGUACCACUGCUCCGUGUGCAGCAAAGAGUUCCCCCACGCCUACAAGCUGGAGAGGCACGGGCUGAUCCACACGGGAGAGAAACCCUACUGCUGCUCCAUCUGUGGCCGCGGUUUCAACCAGAAGGGGAAUCUCAAAACGCACUACAAAGUCCACCUAGGUCGAAAGGGCGCUGUGGAUUAUGACGACGAGGUGAACCCCAUCGCUUCAGAACUCUCCGAGUACUUGAAGUCUCUGCCGGGGGAGUCCAGGAUCCGAUCCUCCCUCCGUUGCCUGGAAUGUGGACAAGAAUGCGAGAAUCACUCCGCUCUGCAAGCACACCACAUCACCACGCACGCGGAGACGGCCGGGGACUCGGACGCGGCCGAGCGCGGCGCAUCCAAGCUUCUCUUCUGCCGCCGCUGUGGCGUUCAGUUCGACGACAAAGAAAAGCUGGAAGAACACAUGAAAACCCACGUCAAGGCCAAGCCCUACUCGUGCCCCGACUGUGGCAAGAAGUUCAUCAACGAAAGCUACAUACAAAUCCACCAGCGGAUCCACACGGGGGAGAAACCGUUCCUCUGCUCCGAGUGCGGCCGGGGCUUCCACACGGCCUCCUCGCUCAAGCUGCACGAGAUGCAGCACUCCGGGGAGAGACCGUUCGCAUGCUCCAUCUGCGGGAAGACCUUCCGGAUAAACUCGUACCUGACAGCACACUACCAGACACACAUCAAAGACAGGCCUUUCAUCUGCAGCGUCUGCGGGAAGGGCUACUCCAGAGCCGAGGAACUGAAGGUGCACCACAGGCUGCACACCGGGGAGAGACCCUACGAGUGCGGGGAGUGCGGGAAGAGCUUCAUUUACCGGCAGGGUCUGCGGCAGCAUCAGCGCACACAUGCCGGGAAACGCAUCGGACCAACCAGACAGCUCGGCAGACCGAAGCAGCAGUCCCGGCUGGACAUCUAACAGUUGAUCUAAUGAAGAUUUUUAUUUUUUUGAUGUUGUUGUUACCUGUGUUUGAAGAUAUAACAGUGAAAUGCGCUUCUUCCUUUCCAUUCCUUCCACCUCCAGCCGAGACUAUUAUCGUGUCUGAAAAUAUGCGCUACAGAGUCGGUCGUGGGUUGCCAAGAUUUAUUUGGAGGCUUACUGUGUUGUCUCUCUCGUGUCCCAUGUUUUUUUGUUCACUCUGCUCUCGUAGCCCAUCUGUACAAUUUGAGUGCCUUUGUAUCAUGCAUGCCAAAUACUAAUACUUAAUGUUUUAAAAACAAAAAAUAAUUAUGCACAAUAGCCUUGUUAUUUUAAAAUCCAUGUCGAUGGAAUACAGACGUUUUUCAGAAACAUGUCUGGGUUUUUUUCUAUGUCUGAAAUAAUGUGUCCGUACAUUUAAGUAUAACAGAUUCUCCACAAUCAUCUUAUUACACCUCUUUUGUCGGUUGCUAUUAUUGUAGCACAACAAAAUGCACAAAAACUCAAUCAAUCAUAUCAUAAAUCAUAAACAGAUUCAUACAAAAUGUUUUUGAAUAGGAACUUACUAUAAAUUAUGGACACUAACGUUAGAUAUUUAUUAACAAAAAUGUAUUGUCAGUGUAGUUCUUCAGUGUGUAUUCAAAUUAAAAGUAUUUAGAUGCUGUGAAGAAAAGAAUGGAUGAAAAUUGUUCCACUGAAAAUUGCUGACAGAGAGAGUCUUGGAUUAUUCAGAGUAACAGGGAAAGUGUAACUGGUAAGAGAUGUUGCUAUUCAUUUUUAAAUGUGAUUUAUCAAUGUUUUGAGCAGCAGACAUCAUCUUAAUUGUUUUAGGAUGGAGGUAGGAAUCCUAGAGGAGGACAUGUCAGCGAAUAAAACCAAAAUGAAAUGCGUGGCUACAUACCGCAAGGAAGAAAAACAGAAAAUGAUGUUUUUUUGAGUGAAUUGGCUCUCUGAUGACAAUAUUCCAAGUCUGUUGAAAUAAAAAUUGCACAAUAAUACCUGAACUUUCAUUGCAGAACAUGUAGGUGCCAAACCUGAACAUAACCAUUCUCCGAAAAAAGACACCCAGGAAACGUUUGAAGAAAACAGAGUCCGCAGCGAAGUGUUUCCAGAGCGUACACGCCAAAGAUCGCCGUCUGAAAGAGGAACAUGGCAAGCACCCCCUGCACAUGUGCAAAGGCCUAAUUUUGUUUUUCUUCCAGUAGGGAAAUUCACCAACAUGUUGGCGUUAAAUAAA